AUGGGAUGCGACGGUGGAUCAAUUGCAAGGAGGGAUGACUUGGUAAAACAACCAAAGAAGAAGGAGAUACUUAAUCAAAGUGAUUUGGACGAGAGUAGAUGGUUCUGCUGUACAUUGUUACAAGAUCCAUUGUCAGACCCAAUAGUGAUGGAUGAUUAUGGCAAUCUAUUCAACAAGACAAAUAUCCUACAAGCAUUACUAGAUGGAUUGUUAUCACAACAUGAUGCAUUGUCACAUAUUCGCUCGACAAAGUCUGUCUACGCAGUGCACUUCAUUGACAACCCUGCAUUUAUUGAACAACAACAAAGUAAUACACAAUCAACUGUAACAAAUUCAUUGGCUGGCAAUGGUAGCAAGGCUCAUUCUCAAUGGUACUGUCCCAUCACUCAGACAGAGGUCGGUGGUCAUCAACAACGCUUCAGUGCACUGCGCACUUGUGGACACGUCUUCUCUGAGAAGGCAUUCAAAGAGAUUGAUUCAACAAUAUGUUUUGUCUGCUCAAAGCCAUUUGAAACAACAGAUAUCAUUGUAUUGAAUCCUACUCCAGAGGAGUUGGUUGACAUUAAGAAUAGAGUUCAAUCAAACAAGAAGUCAUCGUCAUCUAAGAAGUCAAAGAAGUCAAAGAAGUCAAAAGAGUCAAAGGAGUCAAAGGAUGUUGAUGCGCCUACAACAACUACAUCCACUACAUCAACUACAUCAACUUCAACAACUUCCACAACAUCAUCACCAUCAUCUACAAAGAAGCGACAAACACCUGAACAAUCUGGAGAAUCUUCAUUCACAUCAUCAUUCACAAGGACUGCACUGGAGCAAGCCAAAGAGUUAACAAACAAGAAGAUGAAGUCGGACACAUUCUCAAGUAUCUUUGCCAAAGUCAAGUCAGUCAAUCAAUGA